AUGAGUAUCACGCCUCUUGGAUUGUUACCUAACGCACAGCGUCUACGAGCGAUCUACCCGCAAACUCCAACACCAAACUUCUUAUGCGUUGUGACAGCGACUCCGGAACAAAAAGAAGUCUUCGUUCGGAAGGGCGGAUACAAGAUGAAUCUAUGGGAGAUCAUCGUUGCGGAUGAUACGCGCUCAGACUUCAAGGUCACGUUCUGGCUGCGUCCACCCCGAGAGUCAAACAAUGAACAAAACCACGUUCAAACCCAACUACUGCAGACACUAGAGAGCAUCAAAGUUGGCGACAUUCUGCUUCUGAGGAACAUUGCGUUGACAUCGUUCGGUGACACCGUCUUUGGCCAAUCUCUGAACCCGGCCAUCACACGGGCUCGAACGACUAUUGAUGUCUUGACGAGAAGCAACGGUAUCUCAGCUGCUCAGCUGGGCGGGCUCCCGGUGCCAGUAAUCGAGGUUUUCAAAAGAGUGAAAAAGUGGGCAAGAUUGCACAUCGCAUCUGAUAGUGCAGGUUCGAGAAAGAGAAAGAGCAGCCAGGCGAAACAACUCAAGGACACGAAACGCACUUUCACAGCGCGUGAUGUCGAUGACUCCAUGCCUCCCGACACUAUGGAAAGUAUCUUGACGAUCACUUUCAUUCGCUACCGGCUGGCCAACAUGAAAUCACUCUUUUCUUUCACUGGUCUGGCUACCACACUCUCGUUACUGGCAAGCGUACAAGCUGUGUCCAACUCUACCAAUGGCCCUUCAUGUGGAGUUGCUAAGGCAGACGACAGCUACUUCAGUGUUGUCGGGGUCCAAGGAACUGGAGUCCAUCCCCGACAGGAACUCCGUGAACUGCAGAAAGACACGGAGUUAUGGAACAUCUUUAUCCAGGCGUUUGCUCGCUUCCAGGCUAUGGAUCAGGAUCAGAAGAUCUCUUACUUCCAGGUCGCAGGGAUACACGGAGUGCCAUUCCAGAAGUGGGACAAUGUGAACGGAACAGCUGGUCAUGAGAUGAUGGGAUACUGUCCUCACGGUUCCAGCAUGUUUGGUCCAUGGCACCGGCCGUAUCUCGCGCUCUUCGAGCAGGUUCUCCAUGAUCGCGCGAUCGACGUCGCCAAUGAGUAUCCCAUCGGUGAAGCUCGUAACAAAGCCUUGGAUAUUGCAAACCGAGUUCGCCUUCCUUACUGGGACUGGGCGAUGGAUCCGCCAAACAGUGAAGAGGGUGUCAUCCCUGAGAACGUGCGUUGCCUCACGGCUACUGUCACGUUCCCCAAUGGGACCACAGGGUAUAUCCCCAACCCUCUAUACAAAUACGACUUCCAUCCUCUGAAGUAUGAUGACUUCGCUCCCCUGAGCGAGUUUGAGUUCAAGUACUGGAACCACACUAUUCGGUACCCAGCUGAUCCCCACGCUGCCAAUGCCACCAGCCGUAACAGCGAGGUUAACGAUCGAGUUGGCAAACAGCAGCCCAAUCUCCGCGAUAUGCUCUAUAAGUUAUUGACGACGUACCAACCCUUCAGUCAAGUGAGCAACAAGGCGAACGGUGGCAAGAUCGGAAACUUCGAGACUCUACACGAUGGCCUGCACACCGUCUUCGGAUUGGGUCACAUGGGCAUAGUAGAGGUUUCCGCAUUCGACCCCAUCUUCUGGUUCCAUCACUGUAACAUUGAUCGGAUCAUUUCCAUGUACCAAACUCGCUACCCCGACACCUGGGUCGAGGACGCCGAACAGCGUAUGGGUUCAUUCGCUGUCGCCAGCGGUAGCGUUCUUGGUACUGCUUCGCCACUCGCACCGUUCCACAUGAACGCCCUUGGCGACAUGUGGACUGCAACCACUUCACGCAACUGGACCUCCUUUGGAUACACCUACCCCGAACUCGAAAACAACCCCAGCAAUGCGACGCUGACAUCUUCUAUCAAUCAGUUGUACAAGGCCCAGACUCAAGGCCUGAGUGAGACCAAUGCAACAGUUAACGCGACGUUCCCGACUCCAGGCGGAGGCAGCAUCAACCGCACGGUACAGGCUACCGACUGGCAGUGCGAAGUCAACAUGCCGACCGACAUCAAGGUCUCCUACGCCGUUCGCGCCUUCCUUGGCGAGCCCAGCACCAACCCCAUCGACUGGCCCACAGACCCCAACUACGUUGGUCAGCUCGCCACCCUGUCUUCUCCGCGAAUGAGCUCCUCAAACAUCGUUACGGGUAACAUCGGUUUGACUGAGAAGCUUGCACAGAAGCACGCGGCAGGCGAGCUCAAGAGCCUGGACAAAGAGACAGUACAGGCUUAUCUCAAAGAGAAGUUCAGCUGGCGCAUCCAAGCUCUGGACUUUAGCGAAAUCCCACGAAACAAGCCACCCAAGGGCUUGAACGUCACCGUGUUCAGCGUACCAGUCAGCAUCCCAGAGUCCGACACCGAGGUACCAACCUGGAACGGCGAUGUCGAAUACAAAGACGACAUCGAAGGCAACCCGCCCGUGUACAACGGACCUGGACCUGACGGCACCAACUCGACCCUCCCCGCAGAUCAGUCGAGCGGAUCUUACAACGCCGAGUCUGGCGAGUUUGAGUGGAAGAAGGCCCCGGUUCCGGAAGUCGCGCCUGACGCUGGUGGUGCGGGCCCCCAGAUUGCAACGACGCUCUUGGAGUCGGUCAUUACGCAGUAUGUGACACUGGGUGCUUCUACCCCGGCCGUAUCUACGCCUACACCUGCGAUCUCAAUUGAGGUCUCCAGUGCACCAGCCAUCUCAUCGAUUCCUACACCCACACCCGAGGUUUCUAGCGCACCGGCCGUCUCAGAGCAAGCGCCUGAGCCUACCGCGCCCGCUGAUCCACAGACCACGGUUGUGACUUCGGUCAUCAUGGAGUAUGUCACUGUGUAA